AUGUACCAGUUCCCACUGCACACUCGGCCACCAAAAACGCAACAUGCAGCCCCGGAGGCGUCGGCGUACGAGCCGGCUCAGGCCCAGUACCACCCGGCCCCGUCUUACAAACCCGCUUCCUACCAUCCGGAGUCCCAGUACAAGGAGGAGGCCAAGCCGUUCGCUUACGACUACGCUGUCAACGACCACUACACCGGCACCAACUUCGCCAAGAAGGAGGAGAGCGAUGGCCACAACACCCAGGGAUGUUACUCGGUGGUUUUGCCCGACGGCCGUGUCCAGCACGUGAAGUACGUCGCCGACAACUACGGUGGCUACAACGCUGAGGUCACCUACGAGGGGGAGGCCCAGUACCCCGAGUACCACCCCGCUCCUGCCUACAAGGCUGCUGGCCCAGCUUACAAGCCUGCAAACAAUCCUACCUACAGCCAUCCCGCCCCGGCAUACAAGCCUGUGGCGUACUAG